ACAUUUAAGAUUUUCUUUCUUUCUUUCUUUCUGCCCUUCCCUUCCGUACCUACUUACAGGUCAGCUUUUGGUAAACUGAGGGCGAUAGAGAAGAAAACAUUUAUGGCGGUUGUUGACCAGAUUGCUGCAACAAUUGAAGGUUUUGGAUUGUCUGAUCUCUUCCCUUCCCUCAAAUUCAUCCCCCUCGUUACUGGCUAUCGAGCCAAGCUCAUGGCGCUUCAUAAUAGAGCGGAUUCCUUGCUUGAGGAGAUCAUCCGCCAACACAGAGACAAAGCAGAUAGAAAACAAAAACGUCAUAAUGAUGAUGAUGAUGAAAUAGAGGACAUUGUCGACAUUCUCCUCAGUCUUCAACGUAUUGGGGACCUCCCACUUCCCUUAGCAACUGACGACAUCAAAGCCGUCAUUCUUGAUGUUUUUCUUGGUGGUAUGGAAACAUCAGCAACCACAAUCGAGUGGGCUAUGUCUGAGUUGAUUCAAAACCCAAAUGUUUUACGACUAGCACAAGAAGAAGUGAGGCAAGUCUUUGGUGACAAGAGAAAUGUUCGUGAAGACCAGCUCCAUGAGUUGACCUACUUAGAUGCAGUGAUCAAGGAGAGCAUGCGAAUGCAUCCUCCUGCUCCCGUACUGCUUCCAAGAGAAACGAGAGAGACCGUUGAGAUCAAUGGUUUUGUUAUCCCUGCUAAAACUAGAGUUAUAGUCAACGCCUGGGCAAUCGGAAGAGAUUCUAGUUAUUGGAUCGAUCCUGAAAAGUUUUACCCAGAGAGGUUCUUGAACUCUUCUAUUGACUAUAAAGGAGCACACUUCGAGUAUAUACCAUUUGGUGCUGGAAGAAGGAUUUGCCCUGGAAUGUUUUUCGGAAUGGCUAAUCUUCAACUGGGCCUAGCCAAUUUGCUCUUGCAUUUUGAUUGGAAAAUUCCCGAUGGACUUCAACACCUAGAUUUGAUGGAACAGUCAGGACUCUCCGUCUCAAGUAAAAAAUUAUUACGCCUCAUCCCUACUGUGGCUAGCAAUUGA